CCAAUAUAUCUUGGGACCCAAAAUCUCUUUGCCCCUCAAAUCUAUCACCCCUCUUCAACAGAAAAUAACCAUUAUCCCAGAAAUCUCAUCCGGGCAGACAAUCUACGGAUAGCCCAAAAAUUGAAACAAAUUCCAAAUCCAAAUUCAAAAAUACAGUUACGAAAUUUUUCCUAACAAGAUCAAAAAAUGGCAGCAACCUCUCCAUUAACUGUAAUUACACCAGUAUCCCGUUCCCUGCAAACCUUGAAAACCAGUGUUUCAUCUUCACUACAUUGUACUACAAAUCCAAUUCCCAAUGUUAAAAAGCAUAUAUUCCAAGUGGGCGUUGGACUUUUGGCCGCUUCUGUGGUAGCAGCCGCCCCUCUGGAAGCUGAAGCCACCAGAAUAGAGUACUACGCCACCUUUGCUGAGCCUUCUUGUGAGCUCAACUUCGUUCGUUCGGGACUUGGAUACUGUGAUUUGGCUGUAGGUUCCGGAGAGGUGGUUCCUUUCGGUCAGCUUAUCAAUGUCCACUAUACUGCGAGGUUUGCCGAUGGAAUAGUAUUUGAUAGCAGUUAUAAACGUGCUAGACCCCUUACCAUGCGCCUUGGUCUGGGCAAGGUCAUUAAAGGAUUAGAUCAGGGAAUCUUGGGAGGUGGAGGUGUACCCCCAAUGCAAGUUGGUGGUAAACGCAAGAUUCAUAUCCCUCCACAUUUAGCAUAUGGACCAGAACCAGCCGGCUGCUUUUCAGGGGAUUGUAACAUACCUGCAAAUGCAACGCUUGUCUAUGACGUUAAAUUUGUUGAUAGCUACAAGGGAAAUAGGAAAUAAAGAGGUGUGAAUCUAAGCAUCAAAACCAAAAAUAGUUUGGUAUGAAGGUAGGAAGAAUUGGUGCAGAUUCAUUUUGUUGAUUGAGGCCAUUUAUUAGUUAUAGAGAUGUAGGGUAUGCUUCAUGCUUGGCACGCAUAGUAUACAAGAUUAAAGAAGAUUAAGAAAGAUGGGUAUUCGAUAAAAUUUGACACUUGUACUGUUCAAUUAUAUCGGUACUGUGAUUAAGAAAUAGGAUGCAAAGCAUUAAAUUUCCUUACUUUCAUUCUUUUCUACAUUCAUGGCUGUGAAUUUGUAAUGGUUAAGGUGGUGGGUCUUGAGACCAACAACCCUAUUAUUUGAUGUGUGGAAACAAAGGCGUACAGUUGUUUGUCA